CGCCCUACUAAGCCGCGCCUUCUCUCUGCAACAGCGAAAUCAACAUUGCAACAGAACGAAGCAAGCGAAGCAACGAUGCCCGGACGCCCGUGCAGGUGCCCAGUCCCUGUCAAUGGAUCUCUGCCCGCUAGGACGCGCCAAUCAGUCCUCAGCGGCAACCUAAGCGAAGUCCGCGCGUGGCUGUCCGAGGCCGGAAGUGACGUCAAUGCCGCUGACCAACUCGGGUUCCCUCUCUUAUAUACGGCUUGCGCUACGGGACACCGGGACAUCGUCAAGGAACUCCUCCAGCACCACGACCUCCACCUCAACUCCAGGCACUCGGGGUCGGAGAAGUAUGUGGUCGGGAGGGACUGUCGAGAUUUCACGCCCCUGUGCAUUGCGGCUUUUAACGGCCAUGAGGAUUGUGUUGAGCUGUUGUUGAAGGCUUCUUUGCCGUGCCAAAUCGACACGAGCGCUUGGCCCAGGCACUCCGGCACGGCCAUCAUGAGUGCCUGUGACAACAACCACUGGAGCAUCGUCUCUCUCCUCUUCCGGCACCAGCGACGGCUCUCCCUCAGGGAACUCGACCACAUCCUGCCGAAGGCUCGGACGAACAACCGGCUGCCUCUCGUGUUCUCCAUCCUCUACGAGCUGUUCUCCAAGAGCGUCGCCAGGAGGGAGUGGAGUCAGGCCACGAGUCUCCUGAAGAGGCUGCGGGAGGACGUGAGUCUCUACGUGCCCUUGGCGGAGGCCGUGAUUUCCAGGAACGCAGGGGAAGUGAGGAGCAUCCUGCGGGAGGAGAGCCAUCAGCCCCUGGACGGCGUCCUCCUGACCACGGCCGUCGAAGGGAGUAGCGAGGACGUCCUGCAGUUGCUUCUGAAACACGUGUCCUACGCCGAAGACACGCUCGGACACGCCCUCUUGCUUACCAGCCUCAACAACAACUUGGAAGUCCUGCCGGCGCUCCUCCGUCGGUUCUUCGGGUCCUACAAGUACGCGACGCUGAGCCAGGCCAGGAGGAUCGCCGAAGAGGCCAAUUUCCGAGACGCUGAGAGGCUCCUGGCCAACGCGCUCGAGGCCUCUGCGCAUGCGUGCAUCGAGCAAAGAGACAGCAGGACUGUAUCGCCCGCCCUUUCGCCCUCUCUUCCGGGGUCGUCCUCUCUUCCGGGGUCGUCCUCUCUUCCGGGGUCGUCCUCUCUUCCGGGGUCGUCCUCUCAGCCGUGGAUGGAGCCGCCGCGCGUGGUGUCGGGCGCGGGCGCGCGGGUCUCCCUGGACGACGCCUGCUACCGCACCGACACCUGCCCGCGCGGCCUCGUGCUCAUCCUCAACUACAAGGACUUCGACGGCAAGCCGGACCUGCUGCGGGAGGGCUCCGACCUGGACGUGAGGAACCUACAGAACACCUUCGGCCAGAUGGGCUACGCGACGCAGGUGCACUGCAACCUGACGGAGGACCAGACGAUGCUCAACGUGAUCAACUUCCGCGACCACGAACGCCUGCGGACCUGCGGCAGCGUCGUGGUCGUGGUCAUGAGCCACGGGGUCGCCCGCCAGACCUUCCACACCUCGGACAUGCAGGUCUUCACGGUGGACAAACUCCUGAACCUGUUCUCGGACCGGGAGUGCCCUCGCCUCAAGGGCAAGGCCAAGGUGUUCCUGUUCAACUUCUGCCGCGGCACCGACGUCUCCCGGAUGGUGUACCAGACCGACGCGGUGCGGACGGCGCACAACGACAUGCUGUGCGUGUACUCGGCGCAGGAGGGCUUCGUCUCGCUGCGGCACCCGGUCCUGGGCACGCCCUUCGUCAGGACCUGGUGCCAAGUGCUCGCCAACAGCGCUUACAACACCGACAUGUACCGCCUGCUUCAGAAGUUCAUGAAGCAGUAUUCCGAAACGGCCGAGGGGGUGUCGGUCGAGAUCCAGUACCUCAACUUCAACAAAGAAUUCUGGUUCAUGCCGCAGCAGACGCAGCAGACGCAGCAGACGCAGCAGACGCAGCAGACGCAGAAACCGCCGUCGUAGCCUCCCACGCAUACUCAAUGUUAAUCUUAGAAUUCUUUUUAAUUCUCUGAUAAAAAUAAUUUUGUGUUAUGAUAACUGUAUUAUAUAUUCAUAUUUAUGUGACAUGAAGAGCGAGUAGCUUUUAUUUUCAUGGCGCUACAAAAUAUGCAGACGAAUAAAAAAAUCUUCCUUCUCUCUCUCUCUCUCUCUCUCUCUCUCUCUCUCUCUCUCUCUCUCUCUCUCUCUCUCUCUCUCCUCUC